AUUAGAGGGGACAUGUAGGUCGUUGAUGUGUCAGAGAAGGAUAUUCAGAAUCAGAACAGGCCAAGAUGAAGACCAGUGAUCCGCUGUGACCCCUAACGAGAGCAGCAUGAAGAGGAGAAAAAAGAAGGCCCUUUUCUCCUCUAGGUGGCGGACACGGGCUUCCUUUUUCUGUUUACGUACAGAAGCUCCAGCGAUGAAACUGCUAACACAUAACAUGCUAACCUCUCAUGUGAAAGGUGUAACUAAGGGAUACCCGCUGCUCAUCAAGGCAACAGAGGUCCAAACAAAAGAAGUUGAGUUCAACCCUCAGUUUGUGAGCCGAAUGAUUCCUAAGCUUGAGUGGAGCGCUUUAGUCCAGGCAGCUGGAGGGCUGGGAUACACCCAGGACUUGCCCACUGCUCCUGUAUCAGACUAUGAAAAUGAUGAAGACUUUUUACGCAAAGUACACAAAAUCCUGCUGGAGGUGGAGGUAAUAGAAGGGACUUUGCAGUGUCCUGAGUCUGGUAGAGAAUUCCCGAUCUCCAGAGGAGUUCCCAACAUGCUGCUCAAUGAUGAUGAGUCGUAGAUGCUUUUCCUUUCUUUUCCACCGAGUACAAACAGCAUCACAUGUUUAUUGGACUGUAAUGAGAUAAGUAAUGAAAGAAUGACUGUGGAGUGACUCAUUCGUUUGGACUGAAUCCUUAAUUUAAGAAGAUAGUUUGAAUUAAAUUGAAAAGUAAUAUCACCUAUUUACUCCGCUUUUGUUUGUGUUCUUUAUGUGUUUUUAAAUAAAACUAUUGUUACACUUUA